CCCUCUAAUCUCUUUUCCAAUUACACAAACACUAGGGAAAAAAAAGAAAGUCCACAUAUAUUCAGACAAAACCCUAAUUUCAGACCCUUCCUUUUAAAAGAAAAAAGAAAAAAGAAAAAUUCUUGUUUUGGGUUAUUGAGAAAAAUCCCACUCAUUAUUUUUGUUGCUUAAAGCUUGCCCACUUCUUCCUCUUAUCUUGUGUGUGUGUGGAUAUGAAAAGGAGAAAAGUUUAGAGAGACAGAGAGGUAAUGGCAACUCCCAUCUGAAAGGAAAUUCCAUAUAUAUGAGAGAGAGAAGAAAGAGACCCACUAUGUGAUACAAUCCAAGGGUCAGCUACUACAGAUUAUGUACUACUACUAGCAAAUCAAAAAAAAAAAAAAAAGGAAAAAAAAAAAGACAAAAGAUUGUGUCUACACAUAUGAUCAUGGAUGGUGAAAAUGGGAUCCGAAGACCUAAUUUUCCAUUACAAUUGUUGGAGAAGAAAAAGGAAGAGGAAGAAGAACAACAACAACACCCAUGUUCCUCCUCCGCAAACAACGGAGGAACAAAAACAACAACGACAAUAACAACAACUCCAAAUUCAAAUCUUCAGUCUUCUUCUUCGCCUAAGAAGCCACCUCCCAAAAGGGCCACCACCAAAGACCGUCACACGAAAGUCGAUGGCCGUGGUCGUCGGAUUCGGAUGCCUGCCCUUUGUGCUGCUAGGGUUUUUCAACUCACUCGAGAGCUCGGUCACAAGUCCGACGGUGAAACUAUUGAGUGGCUUCUACAACAGGCUGAGCCUGCCGUUAUCGCUGCGACUGGUACUGGUACUAUUCCAGCUAAUUUUACUUCACUUAAUAUCUCUCUUCGUAGCUCUGGCUCCACCAUCUCCGCUCCUUCUCAUCUUCGGACGAGUUAUUUCAGUCCCACUCAAUUCGCCGUUAGAACGAGAUCGGAUCUUUGGGAUAGAACCAACAAUCAUAAUCAUAAUCUUGUUGAUGAUUCGUCUACAUUCUUGAAUUUCAAUUCUUCUAGUUACGUGAACGUGUUCAAGCAAGAUCAAGGUGGGAUUGAUGUAGUAGAGACGGGGAAAAAACGGCGGUCGGAGCAAUCGGAAUCGUCGUCAGAGAAUUAUAUGGUUCAAACGAGUACCGGUUCUAUUCCGGCGAGUCAAAGCAGUCAAUUGCCGGCGACAUUUUGGAUGGUGACGAAUCCUACCAAUCAAGGGAGUGAUCAGAUGUGGACAUUUCCGUCGGUGGGAAACAGCAGUAUGUUAAGAGGGACGGGUGGCGGUGGCGGCGGAGGGUUUCAUUUCAUGAAUCUGCCACCACCAAUGGCACUUUUGCCAAGUGGGCAACAGUUGGGGACAGGGAUCGGAGGUGGUGGUGGUCCGGCGACGGACAGCCACUUGGGGAUGUUGGCGGCUCUAAGUGCAUAUAGAACAACGAUGCCGGGAUUGUCAGUAUCAGAAUCUCCGACAAGAGGAGUCGGCGGCGUUACUUCUAAUAAUCCUGAUCAAUCAUAGACCCAACGAAACACAUCUCAACAAUCUGUAUGCUUUGCUGCUUUUCCAAUCCUAAUAUUAUACUUUCUUUUUUUUCUACUCA